UUUAAAAAAUUUUUUUUUCCUGUAUGCGUAACCUAAGGGAAUGAAUUGUUAUAUUUUAUGCUGUGUAAUUUAUGAUUCUCCCAAAUUGCGCGGUUCAGGUGAAGUCCUAAAACAAUGAUAUAUAUAACAUAUCAUUGUCCUAAUACCAACAUCGUGAACCGUAUUGAUAAGCCCAUGACUAUACUACUAAGGGAAUGGCAACAUUAAAUUUCGUAGAAUCUAAAAGAUAGUUAAGUGUGAAUACUAUAAAUAAACUCAAGUAAUUUCGACAAAAUGUCAAUUGUCUCAUUUUAAGGGCAGUAUUUUCAAAAUGUCUUAUGAUAAGGAUAAUUAUUUUGAUGAACCAUAUCGUUCAUCGGAACUUAAAGUGAAUUCUCUAUGUCCUUUUAAUGCCGAACCAAAAUCCCAAUAUCUGAUAUCAUCAUUUCUAUCAUCAAAUGAUUUGUUUUAUGUUCGUAACCAUGCACCAGUUCCUCAUAUAGAUAUUAAAUCGUAUAGACUCCUAAUCGAUGGGUUCGUUGAUAAAGCAAAAUUAUAUGAUUUUGAUGAACUUACAAAUGGUUUAAAAUUUCCAAUCAAAUCACAUGCUGCAACUUUGAUGUGUGCUGGGAACAGAAGGAAUGAAAUGUCCAAGCUAAAAAAAGUUAAGGGAGUUGGGUGGGAUCAAGGAGCAUUAAGCACAGCAUUAUGGAGUGGAAUUCUUUUAAAAGAUGUAUUAAUUGACGUUGGAGUUAAUAUGCUUGAUGAUUCCCUUCAUGUAGAUUUUGAGGGUAUGGAUUUUCAUUUAUCAAAACCAAUUGACCGAACUUACUAUUCAAAUCCAGAAACACUCGAUCCUCUAUUUAAAACUCUUAAUAUUUCUUUGGAAGAUCAACAGGUGCAAAAUUAUUUAAACCCCAUUAUGACAUCGCCAUUAUCAGGAUAUGGCUCUUCUAUUCCAAUUCACAAGGCAGCCAUUUCGGAUGAAUGUGUAAUGCUUGCAUGGAUGAUGAAUGGUGAGAUUUUAAAUUUUGACCACGGGUUUCCUAUGAGAGUAAUAGUUCCUAGCUAUAUUGGCGCCCGUUCUGUUAAAUGGUUGUGGAGAAUAACUGUGUCAAAGCAUGAAUCAGAAAAUUUUUACCAGCAAAGAGAUUACAAAGUUUUUCCUCCUCACGUUGAUUGGGAUACCGUCGAUCCCUUGUGGGAUAAGUACCCAGCCAUUCAAUGUUUAACACCCCAAGCAGCUAUAUGUUCUAUUAUAGCUGAUUGUAACGAUAAAAAAAAUGAAAUUUAUGACGGUUCUUCUGAUAAUGUUUGUAAAGUGCCAUUUAACAUGUAUGAUGUUAAAAUCUCAAUUCUAAUUAGAGGAUACGCUCUUACCUGUCAUGGAAAUAUUGCUGUCGAAUUGUCAUUAGAUGAAGGUAAAAAUUGGGUCACACCAAAAUUACAUCAAAAUAAUAAUAUGCUCUUGAAUAAGCCAAACAGUAAUAUAAAUAAUGAUAUCUUUUUGAACGAUUUAUCUAAAAACACUCUACUUAAAUCUUCGAUAUCUACUUCUUUAAAAGACGCUUGGAGCUUUUGGGAAUAUAAUGCCGUCAUUGAAAUACCCUGCCAAAUAAUAUGUCGUGCCUUUAAAGUUGAAAAUGGCAUUGAAUGCAAUAAAGAACAAAAAUGGCCAACUGUAUUAAUUGAUCCUAAUUCACAAAUAAUGCCCGAAAAAUUAGAAGACAUAUGGAAUCUUAGAGGAGUCAUGAAUAAUGCAUGGCAUAAGAUUAAAAUAGUAUAUAUUUCACCUUAAAUCGGAUAAAUUAAUAUACAUAGUUAUGCAUAUUUUUUAUA